AUGAGUCGCAAACUCUCAACGGAAUCUUCUUCUUCCUUGUACGUCCAGCUAUAUCAGAUUGUGGAUGAUCAUUCAUCGGAUCAUAUCAUCUCUUGGAGCAAAACAAACAACAACAGUUUCAUCGUUUGGGACAUGAAAAGGCUUCGCACAAACAUCCUUCUGAAAUCAUCCUCUGGAGUAUUGUUGGGCAGAAACUUAACAGAGUUUGUUGCAAAGCUUCGUUCUCAUGGCUUCAAAACUGUCGUCAAGGGCCCUGGGGAGUUGGAGUUCUCACAUGAUGAUUUCGCGAGAGGCCCUCUGAUGAAGAAGAAGAUGAUGGCCAAAGCCUUAUCGGAGAGGAUUGAGAGGUUCGAUGCUCAAAUUAAAGCCAUGAAGUGUAGAAUCAAAGCCAAGAAAGCUGAAGUCAGAGUUGAGAAUCUCUUCCAGAACUUACGGAUCUGA